CAUGCAAAACCCAUUUGUAACUCUCUGUGCUUUCUCUCUCUACCUUCUCUCUAAUUUCUCUCUCUAGAAACAGCUCCGAAGAGAGGGGGAAGAGAGCAAUUCAUUUCCGGGGUUUUUUGCACUCACAUUCAGCAGCUAGAAGUGGAAACGGAGGAAAUUUUUGUGUUGUUUUGAAGUUUUCCCUUAAUGAGAUGGAGGAAGACUCAUCAACUAUUUUAGAUGGUGAAAUAAGUGGAAUAAGAUUUGGGUUGGCUACGAGACAGGAAAUUUGUAUUGCAUCGGUUAGUGACUGUCCCAUUAGUCAUGCUAGCCAGCUCACAAAUCCAUUUCUAGGUUUGCCAUUGGAAUUUGGCAAAUGUGAAUCUUGUGGUACAGCAGAACCUGGACAAUGUGAAGGUCAUUUUGGAUAUAUCGAAUUGCCUAUACCAAUAUAUCAUCCUGGACAUGUUAGUGAACUGAAAAGGAUGUUAAGCUUGCUAUGUUUGAAGUGCUUGAAAAUCAGAAAAAGCAAGGUGACAAAUAAUGGUAUAACUGAACAACUGUUAGCUCCAUGUUGUCAGGAUUCUCCCCAAGUUUCUGUAAGGGAAUUCAGACCAACUGAGGGAGCUUGUUUCUUGGAAUUGAAGAUACCAUCCAGAUCAAGACCAAAGGAUGGUUUCUGGGACUUUUUAGCCAGAUAUGGUUACCGCUAUGGUCACAACUUAUCUAGAAUUCUGCUUCCUUCUGAGGUAAUGGAAAUUCUAAGAAGAAUUCCUGAGGAUACUCGAAAGAAGCUUGUCAGGAAAGGGUACUUUCCUCAAGAUGGGUAUAUCCUGCAAUACUUGCCCGUCCCUCCAAAUUGUUUGUCUGUCCCAGACAUUUCUGAUGGAGUGAGCAUCAUGUCUUCGGAUCUUUCUGUAUCAAUGUUAAAGAAGGUUCUCAAGCAAAUUGAAGUCAUUAAGGGCUCGAGAUCUGGUGAACCAAAUUUUGAAUCCCACAAAAUUGAGGCUAAUAAUUUGCAGUCAAGUAUUGAGCAGUAUCUUGAAGUGCGGGGAACUGCAAAGACAUCUCGCUCUUUGGAUACAAGAUUUGGGAGUAGCAAAGAGCCAAAUGAAUCGUCUACAAAAGCAUGGCUUGAAAAGAUGAGGACCUUGUUUAUCAGGAAAGCUUCAGGUUUUUCUUCGCGCAGUGUAAUAACUGGUGACGCAUAUAAAAGGGUCAAUGAAAUUGGUUUACCAUUUGAAAUUGCUCAAAGAAUUACAUUUGAGGAAAGAGUUAAUGUGCAUAACAUGAAACAUUUGCAAAAUUUAGUGGAUGAGAAGUUGUGCCUCACCUAUAGGGAUGGUUUAUCUACAUACUCCCUGAGGGAGGGUUCGAAAGGGCAUACAUUUCUAAGACCUGGUCAAGUUGUACAUCGGCGGAUCAUGGAUGGGGAUAUUGUGUUCAUUAAUAGGCCGCCUACUACUCACAAACAUUCACUGCAAGCAUUGUCAGUAUAUGUUCAUGAUGAUCAUACAGUCAAGAUAAACCCUCUUAUUUGUGGACCUCUAAGCGCUGAUUUUGAUGGUGACUGUGUUCACUUGUUCUAUCCUCAGUCUCUUGGGGCAAAGGCUGAGGUUUUAGAGCUAUUCUCGGUGGAGAAACAGUUGCUUAGCUCUCAUAGUGGUAACCUCAACUUGCAGCUGGCCACUGAUUCAUUGUUGUCUCUAAAAGUUCUCUUUGAGAGAUAUUUCUUGAACAAAGCAGCUGCUCAGCAGUUAGUGAUGUUUGUUUCUAUGUCCUUACCGAGGCCCGCUUUGUUGAAGUCUCCUUGUUCUGGCCCUUGUUGGACUGCCUUGCAGAUAUUGCAGACUGCCUUACCUUCUCUUUUUGAUUGUAUUGGAGAGAGGCACUGGAUUAGCAAAAGUGCUAUAUUGAAAGUUGAUUAUAAUAGGGAUGUUUUGCAAUCUUUGGUCAAUGAAAUUGUCACAUCCAUUUUCUCUGAGAAAGGUCCCAAUGAGGUCUUGAAGUUCUUUGAUUCUUUACAGCCUUUGUUGAUGGAAAAUUUAUUUUCAGAGGGUUUCAGUGUCAGCUUGGAGGAUUUUUCCAUUCCCAGGGAGGUCACACAAAAUAUCCAGAAAAAUGUUGAGGACAUUUCAUCAUUGUUGUAUAACUUAAGGUCGAUGUACAAUGAACUGCUACAGUUGCAGGCAGAGAAUCACUUGAGACUUACCAAGGUUCCUGUUGCUAAUUUCAUUUUGAAUUCAUCUGCACUGGGUAAUUUAAUUGAUUCCAAGAGUGAUUCGGCUAUUAACAAGGUAGUUCAACAAAUUGGUUUCCUGGGACAACAACUUUCAGAAAAGGGUAAGUUCUAUUCCAGGACCUUGGUUGAGGGCAUGGCUUAUCUAUUCAAAAGCAAGUAUCCUUUUCAUGGGGCUGACUACCCUUCUGGGGAAUUUGGAUUAAUUAGAAGCUGUUUCUUCCAUGGCUUAGAUCCUUAUGAGGAAAUGGUUCAUUCAAUUUCCACAAGAGAAAUAAUUGUACGAUCAUCAAGGGGCUUGUCUGAACCAGGAACUUUGUUUAAAAACUUAAUGGCUAUUCUUCGAGAUGUUGUUAUCUGUUAUGAUGGUACAGUGAGGAAUGUUUGUAGCAAUUCAAUUAUCCAAUUUGAGUAUGGAGUGAAGGCUAGAACUAAACCCCAGCAUUUCUUCCCUGCUGGUGAGCCUGUUGGUGUUUUAGCUGCUACAGCUAUGUCAAAUCCUGCAUACAAAGCUGUUCUUGAUUCUUCUCCAAGCAGUAAUUCCUCAUGGGAGCUGAUGAAGGAAAUCUUGCUCUGUCAAGUCAACUUUAAGAAUGAUCUUAUUGAUCGACGUGUUAUUUUAUACUUGAAUGACUGUGAUUGUGGGAGAAAGUACUGCCGAGAAAAUGCGGCAUACCUUGUUAAGAAUCAAUUGAAAAAGGCCAGUCUUAAAGAUACUGCUGUGGAAUUCAUGAUUGAAUAUGUGAAGCAGCAUGCUGUCUCGGGAAGUUCUGAACCUGGUACAGGCCUUGUUGGACAUAUUCAUCUAAACAAGUUGUUGUUGCAAGAUUUGAACGUUAGUAUGCAAGAGGUUUGCCAAAAGUGUGAAGAGACCAUUAAUUCAUUCCGGAAGAAGAAGAAUGUUGGUCCUUUCUUUAAGAAGAUAAUUCUAUCUUUCAGGGAGUGUUGCUCUUUCCAGCAUUCUUGUCAAAGCAAAGGGUCAGACAUGCCAUGCUUGUUGUUCUUUUGGCAAGGCAGCUGUGAUGAUAAUUUAGAGCAAAUUUUACAUAUACUCGCUCACAAAAUUUGCCCAGUUCUGCUGCAGACUAUUAUCAAAGGUGACUCUCGUGUUUGUACGGUGAACAUAAUCUGGAUCAGUCCAGAUACCACGACUUGGAUAAGAAACCCUUGCAAAAGUCGGAAGGGUGAACUAGCCUUGGACAUAGUUCUUGAGAAAGCAGCUGUUAAGCAAAGAGGUGAUGCAUGGAGGAUUGUCCUUGAUGCCUGUCUUCCUGUACUCCAUUUGAUUGACACUAGGCGUUCCAUACCAUAUGCAAUAAAACAGGUGCAGGAACUGCUAGGGAUUUCUUGUGCUUUUGACCAAGCUGUUCAGCGCCUUUCAAAAUCAGUGACCAUGGUUGCAAAAGGGGUGCUCAAAGAGCAUCUUAUUCUCUUGGCAAAUAGUAUGACAUGUGCGGGAAAUUUAAUUGGUUUCAAUUCAGGUGGUUAUAAAGCACUAUCUCGUGCAUUGAAUCUUCAAGUACCAUUCACGGAAGCCACCCUUUUUACACCAAGAAAAUGUUUUGAGAAGGCUUCUGAAAAGUGUCAUACUGACUCUUUAUCAAGCAUUGUUGCAUCAUGCUCUUGGGGUAAACAUGUGACAGUUGGUACAGGAUCUCGAUUUGAUGUUCUUUGGGAUACAAAAGAGAUUGGGCCUGCUCAAGAUGGUGGAAUUGAUAUUUAUAGCUUCCUCCAUUUAGUGAGAAGUGGUUCAUAUGGAAAAGAACCAGAUACUGCUUGUCUCGGUGCAGAAGUUGAGGAUUUAAUAUUGGAAGAUGAAAAUCUGGAGUUGGGCAUGUCCCCAGAGCAUAGUUCUAACUUUGAAAAGCCAGUUUUUGAAGAUAGUGCUGAAUUCCAGAACACUUGGGAGAAUCACGUGCCUGAUAGUGGUGGAGACUGGGCUGUCAACCAAAAUAAAGAGACUACUGCGUCAACUUUGAAGCCUAGUGCAUGGUCUAGUUGGGGCACUGAUAAAGUAACCAUGAAGGAUACUUUCUCUACAAGGGAGCCAGAGGAAUCUUCCAGAUCUGCUGGUUGGGAUGAUAAGGGGACUUGGGGAACUGAUAAAGCACAAAAUACAGCCUUUAGGAGGACACACGAAGAUUCUCCCAGAUCUUCUGGUAGGGAUGAAACAUUUAGGGAUGGACGUCCUCAGUUUGCGUCGUCUGCAUGGGGAAAAAAGAUUGAUGAAGCUGAUAAAACUGGAUGGAAUAAAAAUGAUGGUAAGCCUCAGAUGGACAAACUGAGGGAGUCUUGUGAUUGGGAUUGUAAGGUGGCCCAGGAAAAAACAACUCAGUCAACCUAUGGUGGUAUUUCUUCAACCACUGGAGACUGGAAGAAGAAUGAACUGCAAAUGGAGGUGGUGCAACAUGAUGAAUCUCCUGUCAAUGAGCAUUCUUGGGAUGCUAAUUUACCUGAAGACCCAUUAGCUCAGGCAACAACUUCAGUUGGUUGGGAUUCUUCAACUGGCAAGGAUUGGACUAAACGUAAAUUGCAAUCUCCUUCAGAGCAACAGAGAGAUCCAGCAAUAAAAUCAUGGAGUUCUAGCCAUAAUGUAAUGAAAGAACAAUCAAACCAACCAGCAAGCACACAUGGUUGGGAUUCUCCUGGAGCGAAAGGUUGGAAUGAUGUUGAAGAGCAAUCUCAAUGGAACCAGAGAGGGUCCGCUGUUAAAAAUGAUCAAAGUGAAAGUUCACAUGGUUGGGGCCCUUCAAAUGAGCAAAACCAACUGCCAAGCUCGCAAGGUUGGGGUUCUCCCAAUGCUGGAGCUGGGCAUGAAAGUGAGACACAAUCUCAAUGGGGACAGCCGAGUGGGAAGAAAAGUCGUCCUGAAGGUUCACGUGGUUGGGGCUCUAAUAACACAGAAUGGAAAAACAAGAAGAAUCGACCCACUAAGCCCCAGGGACCAUUAAAUGAUGAUUACAGUGCAGGUGGAAUAUUUACUGCUACUAGACAGCGUGUAGAUAUUUUCACUUCUGAAGAGCAAGACAUUCUCUUGGAUGUCGAACCAAUCAUGCAGUCUAUUAGAAGAAUAAUGCACCAAGCAGGGUACAAUGAUGGGGAUCCACUAUCAGCCGAUGAUCAAUCGUAUAUACUCGAUAAAGUUUUUAAUAACCAUCCUGAUAAAGCUGUAAAAAUGGGCACUGGAAUUGAUUAUGUCAUGGUUAGCAGACAUAGCAGUUUCUUGGAGAGCAGGUGCUUCUAUGUUGUCUCAACUGAUGGUCACAAAGAAGACUUUUCAUACCGCAAAUGUCUGGAGAACUUCAUCAAGGAAAAGUAUCCUGACAAUGCUGAAACAUUCAUUGGAAAAUAUUUUAGAAGACCUCGCGCUGGAGGGAACCGGGAGCGAAGUGUCAUUCCCGAGGAUGGAGGAAACAGGGAGCAAAGUGUCGUUCCAGGGGAGACUGGGAGUGAGAACAGGCAGUAGGGUCCAUAUCUAUUUUGGGGUUACCAUUUAUUUAGCACAUGAUUUACCAAAUAUUUCGGUCAUCUGCCAUUUUGGUUUGUCUAUACAAAGCAGAUGUUUGUGAACCUCAUUGUACUGGCCCCUGUGAAAAACAGGCCUAUAUAUGCCACUGCAUGAACGGCCUUUUUCACAUUGGAACAGUUAUUUUUUCUUGUUAGCAGUAGUUUUUGCCUGUACAUGUCAUGCUUGAUAGAAGGGCGACUCAAUCUGUUUCAUGGUGCAGAUUCAGAGUGAAAUAGAUAUAGUUUUUCACAGUUGAUCAAGGGAUACUCCCUCUGUUCUUUCCUUAGUUUUAUCCCUUGCUUCUCUGGGCUCAUUCAAAAUAGGUUUCCCGGUCAAGUAGAUGUCUGAAGCUGUUGCCCUGAAGCUGCUGUAUAUUUAUACAGGGCAUUGCACAAGCCAGUCAUUGUGCUUAAGUGUAAAUAUUUCAAAGCUGUUUCUUUCUGGCUACGCUUGUCAAUGUGGUCAAACUUCUUUGAAGCAUGAAAAGCUGUAUAUUCUCUUUCAACUGCUGAAAAAGCCUUGGUUUAGUGGGCUUUCCCUUCUGUUAUUAACUCUUUUGAGUUUUGCUUUA